AUGCCGAUGCUCAAAGAUCCAUCAAAAAAGUACAAGCCUUACAAGCCGCUCAACCUCCCCAACCGAACAUGGCCCGACAAGCAAAUCACCUCUGCACCCAGAUGGCUCGCGACGGAUCUUCGUGACGGCAAUCAAUCUCUGCCUGAUCCCAUGGAUGGAGCGCAAAAAUACCGCUUCUUCAAAAAACUCGUGGAACUAGGCUACAAGGAAAUCGAGGUCUCGUUCCCCUCUGCAUCUCAAAUUGACUUUGACUUUACUCGCCGCCUCGUGGAGGAACCCGGCCUCACCCCCGACGAUGUCUGGCUUCAGGUGCUUGCGCCUUGUCGUGAAGACCUCAUCCGUCGCACGGUGGACUCUCUGAGGGGUGCCAAGAAGGCAAUUCUGCACAUCUAUCUCGCUACCAGCCCUUGUUUCCGUCAGAUCGUCUUCAACAUGGACAAGAAGCAAAGUCUGGAAAAGGCCGUCGCCUGCACCAAGUAUGCCCGCUCGAUCACCAAGGAUGACCCGUCCAUGGCGGGUACGCAAUGGCAGUUUGAAUUCUCCCCAGAGACAUUCUCGGAUACGGAGCCCGAGUUCGCGGUCGAGGUCUGUGAGGCUGUCAAGGCGGCCUGGGAGCCGACGGUAGAGAAUCCCAUCAUCUUCAACCUCCCGGCCACCGUCGAGAUGUCGACGCCCAACGUCUACGCCGAUCAGAUUGAGUACUUCUGCACGUCCAUGACUGAGCGUGAGAAGUUCGUGGUCUCUCUGCAUCCUCACAACGACCGUGGUUGCGCCGUUGCGGCGGCUGAGCUUGCCCAGAUGGCCGGCGCUCAGCGUGUCGAGGGAACUCUUUUCGGUAACGGUGAGCGGACUGGCAAUGUCGACCUGGUCACUCUUGCUCUCAAUUUGUACACGCAGGGUGUCUCCCCGAAUGUGGACUUUUCCGAUAUUCCCUCGGUCAUCAAGCUUGUGGAGGAGUGCAACAAGAUUCCCGUCAAUGAGCGCUGGCCUUACGGUGGUGCUCUGGUCACCAGUGCCUUCAGUGGAAGCCAUCAAGACGCCGUCAAGAAGGGCUUUGCCAUUCGCGAAAAGGCCGGUGCCACCGACGACGACGAAUGGGUCAUGCCUUACCUGCCGCUCGACCCCAAGGACAUUGGACGCAACUACGAGGCUGUCAUCCGUGUCAACUCGCAAAGCGGCAAGGGUGGAGCUGCGUGGAUCAUCCUGCGCACUCUGGAGCUGGAUCUUCCUCGUGGUCUGCAAGUUGAGUUCAGCAAGGUCGUGCAGAGGGAAACCGAGCGUGUCAGCCGCGAGCUCCGCCCAACCGAGCUUGUCUCCCUCUUCGAGGACGCCUACCAUCUCAAGUCCAACCCUCGCUUCACCCUCGUGGACUACAACAUCACCACGGAUCGCUCCCAGUCUCCUGCACCUCCCGAGCCCGGCAAGGCCCUCAACACUCAAAAUCUCAAGCGUCGCUUCACGGGUAUCAUCGAGAUCGACGGUGUUCAGCACGCUAUCACUGGCGUGGGUAACGGUGCUAUCUCUGCUCUUGCUGCCGCCCUAUCCACUCUGAGCAUCGAUCUCGAUGUUAUCGAUUACAAGGAGCACUCCAUCAGCCAGAGCAACUCUGGUGGCCUGGGUCGUGAGGUCAAGGCCGCCACUUACAUUCAAUGUACCGCUGCCGGCAGCAAGGAACAGGUUUGGGGCGUUGGCAUCCACGCCGAUGUGGUACAGGCUUCCCUGAUCGCUCUGCUCAGCGCUGCUAGUUCCUUCCUUGCGUCUCGCGCUGGUUCCCCAGCUCCCUUCCGCCCUAUUCGAUCCAAUACCCUCACAAAUGAAGAUCUCCACGCUCUCGAGCAGCUGACCGGAUCACCCGAAACUGCAACUGCCAAUGGUGGUCUGGCCCCCAAGGUCAACAUUGACGCUCUCACCCGUCAAGCCGAGAUGCAGUAA